AGCGAGGCACCAAUGAAAUGGUUGCCAUCAAGAUCCUGAAAAAUCAUCUGUUCUAUGCUCGACAGGACCAAAUUGAGGUGAGCAUACUGAGACGGCUGAGCUGGGAGAACGCAGACGAGUUCAACUUCGUCUGCACGUACGAGUGCUUCCAGCACAAGAACCACGUGGGUCUGGGGCAGAGCCUCUACAACUUCCUGAAGGACUGCAUGUUCAGUCCGCUGCUGCUGAAGUGCAUCCGGCCCGUGCUGCAGCAUGUCGCCACGGCGCUCAUGAAGCUGAAGAGCCUGGGCCUGAUCCACACCGACCAAAUGCCAAAUGCCAUGUGUUUGUUUCAUAAGAGAUGUAGCUUAAUGAUUUCAUGUAACAACGUUGGAGCCGAAUGGUUUGUUUUUUCUUUUCCUGAGGAGCAUGAACCGGAGUUUGGCAUCAAUCCCAAAGAGACUAGGAAAUGCAUUUUCACCUGCUUUGACGACAUGAUGCAGGUUAUUUGGGUUUUUGUGUGCAUAACCGCAUGCAUUUCUUUACUGUGGUGACGUGAAAUUGAAGAACAGCUCCU